UAAUAAAUUUUGAUGGGGCAAUAUCCUUCGAUCGAGCCGGCACAGGUUUGAUGGCGAGAGAUCGGAAUGGUGCUUUGAUCAUUGCGCGAUAUGUGGCUCUUUGUGCUUUCCGGUGGAAGCUGAAGCAUUAGCUUUAAAAGAAGCUUUGAAGUUAGCCUUGGAUUUCCAUUUUCACCACGUCAUGUUGAGGGGAGAUGCAAUUACAGUGGUUAAAUCCCUGGUGGAGACCUCCCAUGCUACUCCUUGGUGAAUCUUAAAUUGCAUCACUGAUUGCACGGCCCUAGUUGAAAGAAUCCUUCACUGCUCAGUCCAAUUCAUUAACCGUUAAGUAACCAGGUGGCCCAUUUGUUGAUCAGGCAUGCUAAACUUCCCGCCAAAACAAUGAGAAAUGGUUGCUUUCACUCCAGGCUGCAACUUAUUCUUAAGUGCUUUGAACGUUGCUCUAUGGAACUCCAGCAUUAGAUUAUCUGUAAACGAAGGAUGCAGCCACAAAGCCCUCUUCCUCUUCCGCCAAAUGAAGCAGUUGGGCUUGGAACCCGACAAAUUAACCUUUCCCUUGAUAGCAAAAGCCUGCGGGAAGCUCUCGAACCUCCUAUACUGCCAAAUAAUCCAUACCCAUGUUGUGAAACUCCCGCUCUGGUCUGAUAAGUUCGUGCAAACAGCCAUGGCGGAUAUGUAUAUCAAAUGUGGUCGCUUAGAGUUUGCAAACAUACUGUUUGAGAGGAUGCCUGAGAAGGAUGUCACUUCUUGGAAUGCAAUGAUCAUGGGGUUUUCUCAAUCAAGUAUUGAGAGAGUUUUGGAUCUUUUUCGUGAAAUGAAGCUCGCUGGGUUUAAGCCUGACUCGGUGACACUCAUAGGCUUGAUUCAAUCAAGUUCCAAUAUGAAGAAUUUGAAUAUGGCAAGAGCCAUGCAUUGCUCUGGGAUUCAAGUUGGGGUUGCAGACGAUGUUUCUGUAGCCAACACGUUGAUUUCUGCGUAUGCUAAGUGCCAUGACCUGAGCUCAGCAAGGGUGGUAUUUGACGCAACUCCUAUGGCUGUGAGAACUGUAGUGUCAUGGAAUUCCAUGAUUGCAGGGUAUUCCCACUUAGAGAGAACUUUUGAGGCCAUUAGCAUCUACAAAUCUAUGUGCCAAUAUGGUGUUAGGCCAGAUGUAAGCACCAUUGUUAGCUUGCUUUCAUCAUGUGCUCACCCUGAAGUGCUCUUACAGGGUAAGCUGAUCCAUUCACAUGGUGUCCACACAGGGUGUUCUUUGGAUAUUUCUGUUAUUAACACCCUCAUUUCUAUGUAUUCUAAGUGUGGAGAUAUCAUCUCUGCACGUAACUUAUUCAACAGAAUGUCCGAGAGAACUUGUGUUUCAUGGACGGCCAUGAUCAGUGGGUAUGCCGAGAAAGGGGAUUUGGAUGAAGCAAUGAAUUUGUUUCAUGCCAUGGAAUCAGCUGGUGAGUCGCCUGAUUUGGUUACUAUGGUUGCUUUGCUGUCCGCUUGUGGUCAAACAGGAGCACUAGAGCUUGGAAGAUGGAUUAAUAAGUAUUCUAUUUCAAAAGGAUUAAUGCAGAAUGUAAUGGUUUAUAAUGCAUUGAUAGACAUGUAUGUGAAAUGCGGAAGUACAAAGAGUGCCCGUGAAAUCUUUGACAUGAUGCCUGAGAGAACAACUGUAUCUUGGACAACUAUGAUUGCUGGGUAUGCACUGAAUGGAGAAUCCAAAGAAGCUUUAAGUGUUUUCUCUCAGAUGGUUGAAUCAGGUUUUAGACCAAACCAUUUAACUUUUCUUGCCAUCCUUCAAGCUUGUACUCAUGCAGGUUUCCUUGAGAAGGGAUGGGAGCAUUUCACUUUGAUGACUGAAGUAUAUAAAAUAAGCCCUAGACUAGAACACUAUGCCUGCAUGGCUGAUCUUCUUGGAAGGAUGGGAAAGUUAAAAGAAGCAUUGGAGUUCAUCCAUAACAUGCCUGUAAAACCUGAUGCUGGUGUAUGGGGUGCUUUGCUUGGUGCCUGCAAGAUCCAUCGAGACCUAGAAACUGCUGAGUAUGUUGCCAAUCAUCUUUUUGAACUUGAGCCCCAUGCUGCAGUUUCAUAUGUGGCAAUGGCUAACAUCUAUGCAGCUGAAGAGAGGUGGGAUGGUGUGGUAAAGAUACGGGCAAUGAUGAAAUGCAACAGAGUGAAGAAAUCAGCAGGUUGUAGCCUUGUUCAAGUGAAUGGAAAGAUUCAUACAUUCACAGUUGAAGACAGGUGCCACCCUGAAGACUUACUUAUAUAUGAAGUGUUAGAUGGUUUAGCUUUGCAGUUGAGAGAAUUAGAUUGAGCCCUCAACACUAAAAUCAAACUUCAGGGAUCAUUAUAGUACAUGAGUUGUAAGCCUGUCAAUGAUACCCAAAACUCUGUGGCUUGAUCUGACAUCCGAUUUGAUUAUCUCAGAUUUGGAUGUACCCCGAUACGAUACGAGAGACAGAGACAGAAUCCAAUUGGGAUGGAACUCAUAUGCAUUGUUCAUACACCCAAUCAUAUUUUGGAUCAAAAUUGGAUGCUAUUAAUCCUUUAUCAGAUCGACCUCGGAUUUAGGUGAAUCCAAUCUGAAUGCCUAAUGAGUUGUUGAGUUAUAUAGUAAAAUUACCAGAUUUGAUGACGGCUUUGAUGAAAGUGUCUUAAUUAAUCACACAUUUUGGCAUGUUCAGAAAAUGAUCGAAGUUCCAAAUCUUACACUCACUGGGCAUCCGAUAAAUCCCAAGAACAAAUUGGAGUCACAUUUUGUGACCCAUUUGCUUUUGUUAUGAAAAUGUUGAUAAGGAAACCCAUGGAGGGAUUAACUUUAGCUUGGUCUAUAAAAUGGUCAGGCAAACAGAAUGGAAUGGCAAAACAAGAGCCAUGUAGUGAACCCCAUAGAGUUGGAACAAGGUUUAUGUUAUGAUGAUGAUUAUGGAGGUGUUUGGUACAGUGGCAUUGCAUUGUCAUUGCAUUUUGGGUUGUUCUAUAUAAAUGCAAAUUCUUUCUUCAGUAAGCUCCUUCUCAUGUUGCUAUUCUUACUGUAUUUCCUACAUCCCCAGAUUCUCCUUUUGUUCUUCUCAUUCUCUUGUUGUUUCUUCUGUCAAGGGCUCAAAUUCAAAUCCGCUUAUUGUCGAUUAUCUGAUUGACACCCUUGGGUUCUCCAAAGCCCAUGCCCUUUCAGCUUCACAUUAUUUGCAUCGGGUAAAAAACCUAGAAAAGCCCCUGC